AUGCGGCAAGGCACGUCAUCAGAGCACUAUUUCGAGACCGAUGCGGCACAAGCUCUCCGCGAGCGCCGGGCCGCAAAAGCAGGCAACAAGCAUGGCAAUCCCAUUGUGCUUAAGUCGAAACUACAGGCCGUGAUUCAGGACCCGACCUCGGCUUCACACGUGCUCGUGGCCGAGUCCGCUGGCUCUGUGCGCCGGCUGAAUUUCGAGACUGGCGAGACGAAGCAAGCCUACCGUGGUCCAACUGCCCCUGUGACCAGCGCAGCCGUGGGGAACUCGGCUGGAAAGCAGACUCUGUUUGCGGGAUGCUGGGACAAGGACAUCUGGUCAUGGGACUUGGCGUCCGGGGCUACAGGCCGCCGGUAUAGCGGGCACUCCGACUUUGUCAAGCACGUGGUUGCAGUUGUGAUCGGUGGCGUGCCGUGCCUGAUCAGCGGUGGUGCGGACAAGAAGAUCAUGGUCUGGGAGAUCGAGUCCGGCAAGAGGCUUCACGUCCUGCAGGAUCAGACUGUCUCGAUGAUGGCGAUCCAGCAUCUCGCCGUGGACCCCGUAGAGUCGACACCCGAGGAGAUCAUCCUGUUCAGUGCCAGCAGCGAUCCGCACAUCCGGCGAUGGCGGAUACGGCUGGAUGGGUACGAGCAGAUCCAAGAGACCACCCCGGCCGAACCUAACACCGUCCGGCACGCCAUUCUGGAACACGACACCACUAUCUACAGGCUUGUAUUUGAUCUAGAUGGGGACGAGGUCGACCUGUGGACGGCAAGUGGCGACGGCACGGCAAAGUGCCUGCUGCGGCACAAGGCGUUCGGCGCCGACGAUACCAUACAGCACGGCGACCACGUCCGCGCUGUGGCUCUGGUUGAGCCGUGGGUCAUCACUGCGGGACGAGAUGAGGACAUCAGGGUGUGGGACAGGGCGUCUGGCAAGCUCUACUGCACAUUGGACGGCCACUACGACGAGGUCACCGACCUGUUGGCGCUCCCGGGAGGGAGCAGAGUCCUCUCGGUCUCCAUUGAUGGGACAGUGCGGGUUUGGCCGCUUGCCGCUGCCGAUCUGGACGCCUUCACAAAGGACCAGGAGAACAGGGCGAAAGGCAUCAAGAAGGAGGAACCGGCUCCACCGGCCGAACCUCUGAUGACUGCCGAGGAAGAGGCGGAGUUGGCCGCGCUCAUGGAGGACGACGACUAG